CUUCCCGCUCUGUGCCCCCCGCCCUCCUCUCCCCAGUGUCCCGGAUGUAGCCGUCGCCGCUCCUGCGCACUCCCGAGCCGUACGAGGUUUGUUUAUCCGCGGCCUGCGCCGCUCGGGAGCCCGGGGAGAGCAGGACAGGGCCAGAGAGCAGCCCUAGCAGCACCGUAUCACCGCCGACACCUCGCUACCGCCUCCAGGGCCCGGACUGCCAGCUGACUAGGCCGAGAGCCUCCCUGUGCCAGGUAACAUUGUUAUUAUCCCCCUCUCCCUCUCCAUCCUGGGGUCUGCUAUACAGCCAGUCCACGGUAAAUCCAUCCACCACCACUAUCAGCCGCGGACUACAUUACCGCCCCAAUCCUCUGAUAUGCUCCUGGCUGGGAGGCCUCCCUGUGCCAGGUAACAUUAUUAUCCCCUCUCUCUAUCACAGGUUCGCACUGCUCUGGCCGUUACAGUAAAUCCAUCCACCACCACUAUCCCAGCCAUGGACUACAUUACCCUCAAUCCUCUGAUAUACUCCUGGCUGGGAGAGCCUCCCUGUGCCAGGUAACAUUAUUAUCCCCCUCUCCCUCUCCAUCCUGGGGUCUGCUAUACAGCCAGUCCACGGUAAAUCCAUCCACCACCACUAUCCCAGCCAUGAACUACAUUACCUUCAAUCCUCUGAUAUACUCCUGGCUGGGAGAGCCUCCCUGUGCCAGGUAACAUUGUUAUAAUAUCUCCCUCUCCCUAUCCAUCCUGGGGUCUGCUAUACAGCCAGUCCACGGUAAAUCCAUCCACCACCACUCUCCCAGCCGUGGACUACAUUACCCACAAUCCUCUGAUAUACUCCUGGCUGGGAUAGCCUCACUGUGCCAGGUAACAUUGUUAUAAUAUUAUCCCCCUCUCCAUCCUGGGGUCUGCUCUACAGCCAGUCCACGGUAAAUCCAUCCACCACCACUAUCCUAGCCAUGGACUACAUUACCCACAAUCCUCUGAUAUACUCCUGGCUGGGAGAGCCUCCCUGUGCCAGGUAACAUUGUUAUUAUUCCCCUCUCCCUCUCCAUCCUGGGGUCUGCUAUACAGCCAGUCCACGGUAAAUCCAUCCACCACCACUAUCCUAGCCAUGGACUAUAUUACCCACAAUCCUCUGAUAUACUCCUGGCUGGGAGAGCCUCCCUGUGCCAGGUAACAUUGUUAUUAUCCCCCUCUCCAUCUUGGGGUCUGCUAUACAGCCAGUCCACGGUAACUCCAGCCACCACCACUAUCCCAGCCAUGGACUACAUUACCCACAAUCCUCUGAUAUACUCCUGGCUAGGAGAGCCUCAAUGUGCCAGGUAACAUUGUUAUUAUCCCCCUCUCCCUCUCCACCCUGGGGUCUGCUAUACAGCCAGUCCACGGUAAAUCCAUCCACCACCACUAUCCCAGCCAUGGUCUACAUUACCCACAGUCCUCUGAUAUACUCCUGGCUGGGAGAGCCUCCCUGUGCCAGGUAACAUUGUUAUUAUCCCCCUCUCCAUCCUGGGGUCUGCCAUACAGCCAGUCCACGGUAAAUCCAUCCACCACCACUAUCCCAGCCAUGGACUACAUUACCCACAAUCCUCUGAUAUACUCCUACCUAGGAGAGCCUCACUGUGCCAGGUAACAUUGUUAUAAUAUUAUCCCCCUCUCUCUCUCCAUCCUGGGGUCUGCUAUACAGCCAGUCCACGGUAAAUCCAUCCAUCCACCACCACUAUCCCAGCCAUGGACUACAUUACCCACAAUCCUCUGAUAUACCCCUGGCUGGGAGAGCCUCCCUGUGCCAGGUAACAUUGUUAUUAUCCCCCUCUCCCUAUCCAUCCUGGGGUCUGCUAUACAGCCAGUCCACGGUAAAUCCAUCCACCACCACUAUCCCAGCCAUGGACUGCAUUACCCACAAUCCUCUGAUAUACUCCUGGCUGGGAGAGCCUCCCUGUGCCAGGUAACAUUAUUAUCCCCCUCUCUAUCCUGGGGUCUGCUAUACAGCCAGUCCACGGUAAAUCCAUCCACCACCACUAUCCCAGCCAUGGACUGCAUUACCCACAAUCCUCUGAUAUACUCCUGGCUGGGAGAGCCUCCCUGUGCCAGGUAACAUUAUUAUCCCCCUCUCUAUCCUGGGGUCUGCUAUACAGCCAGUCCACGGUAAAUCCAUCCACCACCACUAUCCCAGCCAUGGACUACAUUACCCACAAUCCUCUGAUAUACUCCUGGCUGGGAGAGCCUCCCUGUGCCAGGUAACAUUGUUAUAAUAUUAUCUCCCUAUCCAUCCUGGGGUCUGCUAUACAGCCAGUCCACGGUAAAUCCAUCCACCACCACUAUCCCAGCCAUGGACUACAUUACCCUCAAUCCUCUGAUAUACUCCUGGCUGGGAGAGCCUCCCUGUGCCAGGUAACAUUGUUAUAAUAUUAUCUCCCUAUCCAUCCUGGGGUCUGCUAUACAGCCAGUCCACGGUAAAUCCAUCCACCACCACUAUCCCAGCCAUGGACUACAUUACCCACAAUCCUUUGAUAUACUCCUGGCUGGGAGAGCCUCCCUGUGCCAGGUAACAUUAUUAUCCCCCUCUCCCUCUCUAUCCUGGGGUCUGCUAUACAGCCAGUCCACGGUAAAUCCAUCCACCACCACUAUCCCAGCCAUGGACUACAUUACCCUCAAUCCUCUGAUAUACUCCUGGCUGGGAGAGCCUCCCUGUGCCAGGUAACAUUAUUAUCCCCCUCUCCAUCCUGGGGUCUGCUAUACAGCCAGCCCACGGUAAAUCCAUCCACCACCACUAUCCCAGCCAUGGACUAAAUUACCCACAAUCCUCUGAUAUACUCCUAGCUGGGAGAACCUCCAUGUGCCAGGUAACAUUAUUAUCCCCCUCUCGAUCCUGAGGUCUGCUAUACAGCCAGUCCACGGUAAAUCCAUCCACCGCCACUAUCCCAGCCAUGGACUACAUUACCCACAAUCCUCUGAUAUACUCCUAGCUGGCAGAGCAUUACUGGAAGUGUAGUCCACAGCUGUUAAUCCCUAGUAGCCCCAUUUAUACUAUGGUGUCCCUGAGGUUAUAUGGUGAUUAACCUAUCGAGGUCUAUGACCCCGUCUCCCCAAGUUAGAAUUGGUAAUGUUUACUUUAUUCAGAUGCAGUUGAUGCUUUCUGGUUUUGUAUGUUAUAUAACCUAAAUAUGGAACAUUGAAUUGGGCAUUGUAUUGUGCAGAACAUACAUAUAUGUAUUAUAUAUAUUUUUUCUGGGCUACCAGAUUAUUUAUUAAAGAGAACCUCCUGACACCAUAACUCCUUAGUUGGAAUGAAAUGCUUAUCUUUAGGGGUCCAAGGCUUUCUGAUUCACGCCUCAGACGAAAGAGAUGGGCAAGUUAACCAGCUCUGAAUUAAACACUUUGGGGUUAAACCGUUUUUUUGACCUAACGACCAAAAGGUAAACUGGCGCCAGGGACAAUUUUUCUGUUUGUUUUUUACGGUCCCUGGAGUUUCCCUUGAAGCCCAUUUUGCCAAUCUAUACAACUCUACAGCCUAUAAGUUUCUAGCCAUUGGUUGUUUUGGGUCACAACCCAUGCUUUUGUUAAAGAGGUUGUGUGAAUGGAGGGACUCCAAUUCAAUGACAUUAAGUUCUUAUAGUGUCUAGAAAGCCCUUUUAAGUGGCUCUUUUUUAUAUCUAUAUUCUUCUGGUAGAUAAAGGGUUAUCUGUCAGAUAGCCAAAGGGUUAUCUUUAUUCACCUGGUUCCAGCACUGUUGUCCCUCGGCGCUCCUCCGAUGUCAUCCGAUAGGGGGGUAUUCUAAUUCUCAUGUGUGACCAGCGAAUUAGGCUUCCCCCCAGGAAGCCAUUGAAUCAGUGCUUUUCUAUGGGAAAAUAAGGGAAGCUGGAUGUCCUCAUACAGAGUAUGAUGAUGUCCAGAGUCACAUAGGUGACCUAAAGACCGUCAAAAUCCUGGAAGCACCUCUUCUUAUAGAGAAGCAUUUUAUUGGAAUGUUUCCCACCUCGUGGUGCAUGGGGAAGGUGGAAAGGGGUAGACAGGGCAGGUCAUUUAAAAAUGAAACAAAAACAAUUCAAUACAGGCAUGGAAUAACAAGCUUUACUGUUGCAAACCUGCUGCCUGCAAGGGAGAAGAUGACCAUGUCUGCGGCCAGCGCGCUGACGACAGAUGUCGAUUCUGUGCAAAAUCUACAUUUGGCAGUAUGGAACGGUGUUCCCAACUGCCAAAGUCACAUGUGCCACGUGUGUAACUAGCUCUCGGCACAAACAUGCAAGUAUCUCAGUUUGUGCAGCUGCACAUACAGAUUCUUAAAACCAUGACACUUCUAAAUGUAGAAGUGGUCAUUCAUGAUGGUUUUAGUAACCCUUUAACUCUUCUUUAAUGUAAGUCAAAGCACCAUAAUCACUAUAGGACACUAUAGAUGUUAUGGAGACAGGAGUGUGCUGGUCUACGGUAAGAUGUCAAUCCACUAUAGUAUGUUUUGACAAGUUACCUAGGUACCACAUUGCAUCACGUCCCUUGCAUCUGGCCCUCUCCAGAAAGAGGAUUUUGAUUGUUCUACAGAGUAAUGCAGGACUACACUCACCGGUUAAGAGCAUCAGCUGAUCGUAUUUUGCAUCUGUUGGCCUUGCCGCAGGCAAACAGCAGUUGUGCCUUGGUGGUUAUUGGUGCCAUGGCUGGUGGAGUGAGGUCUGCAUCUCUGAUGUGUGCAGACCUCAGUAUUUGUUUCCUUGUGGUCCAUUGCUCUCUGAGUUACAGAAUGCGGGGACUGUGGCAGCAAUGGAAAACAGUGCCCUUUUACUGUAUUACAUUAACCAUUUUUUAUUUUAUUUUUUAAAACCUCUGUUUUUCCAUUCAGAUUUUACUUGUGAAAAUUCACAGAUUAGUAAAUAGCCAUGUCCAGAGCCCUUGAACUUUGUAUUAAAAUGAUUUUGUGUUAGGAUAAAAAAGGAUUGGGCUACUGCUUGUGUCCCUUCAACGAGUAGAUUUUUUUUAAAUUAAUUUUUUUACAAAAAUUCUGCAGGCCUGCAAAGUUAUUUUAGUAUUGGCUGAAAGGUGGUGGUUUUCUCAGGGGAGUAAAUGUAUACUUUUUGCUAAAUGUUUUCCUUUCAGACAAUGAAAGUGCAUAACCAGAUUUUAUACCUUUUAGAAUAUAUAACAAAUACUAUAUAAUGAUAGUUAUCCUUUAAAUUGGUUUAAAACCAUAAAGUUGCAUUCUCAAUCACCCACUUUAAUACAUCUCAAAGUCUGGUGUGAGUUCUUGCAGGCAUUCUGUCAGUGCAAUUUCUGUGUGCCAUAUUUGAAAUGUGCGAGCAUUUAAAAAAUUUUUUUUUUUAAGAACGGCAAGUUAGAUCUAUAGAAUAAACAAUGUGUUUGCAGUCCUCUGACAAUUUAUGUAAAACAAUUGGCUGCACAGGAUCCACCUUUUUCAUACUUUAAUAUUUCACAAACUUACAGACAUAAACAAAGCAUAAAUGCAUUUUUUUGUAGAUGUUUAGGAUAAGAACUGCAUAUUGUUAAAUAAAAAGAAAAUUAUAAAACUGAUACAUUGCAACUCUUCUAACUGGUGGUACAAGCAACAUUUGGAAAUUUAGAUAAAUUCAUCAGUAUUUACAUUAAUUAAUGGUACAUUCAUAGCUUUAACCCCUUAAGGACACAUGACGUGUGACAUGUCAUGAUUCCCUUCUAUUCCAGAAGUUUGGUCCUUACGGGGUUAAGCAAAAUAACAAACAUUAUUUGAUGGGUGCUUAGACAUAAGCCAUGGGCUUUAUACAAAUACAACACAAUAUGCACUGAAUUGCAUAAAAAGUUGUAAGCAGGAAGAACCCAACUGACUGUGUAGUGGUUAAGGUGCCAGAAGUGAGCUACAUCUGUUUUGUACUACAUUUCUGAUUCCCUGUGGUCAUUCUGUCAGGUAUCCUCAAUGAGUUUACAGUUCUUACUGAGCACUUGAUGGUAGUCAGGUUUUACCUACCUGUAUAUUGUAGUAGUCUUUAGAUUGGAGUGUUUUGCGCAUUUCUCUAGUCCCCAAGCUAUAGUUUUAGCAUAAAGUACCAUAUAUACUCGAGUAUAAGUCGACCCCUAAUUUUACCCCAAAAAACUGGAAAAACGUAUUGACUCGAGUAUAAGACUAGGGUGGGAAAUGCAGCAGCUACUGGUAAAUUUCUAAAUAAAAUUAGAUCCCCCAAAAAUUAUAUUUUAUUUACAGUGUGUGUGUGUGUGCGUGCAGUGUGUAUGUGAUGCAGAGCCUUGGUGGGGGGUGGGCAUUUUUAUAAUUUUUUUUUAUAUUCUUCUUCUUCUUCUUCUUCUUAUUUUAAUAUUUUUUUUAAUAUUAUUAAUAUUUUUAUUUUUUUUCGUCCCCCCUCCCUGCUUGUUAGCUGACCAGGGAGGGGGGCUCUCAUUCCUUGUCUUAUACUCGAGUAUAUAUGGUAUUUUUUGAGUGUUGGUUUAUUGUAAAAUGUGUUUCAUUAUUAUUAUGAUUGUACCUGUCCCAGUUAACCCCGUAAGACCGGAGGGCGUACUAUUACGCCCUAUUUUAGGCGGCUCUAAACGCCGCCGGGCGUAAUAGUACGCCCUCCGGUCUUUCUAUACUUACCCGGUCGCCGGCGAUCCCACGAUCACGGUUGGGGGGACUCCCAGGGCACGUCCGACCCCCUGGCAGCCCCUCCGGCGAGGACCUCACAGUCACAUGGCCGGGAUAGCUGCCUGCUGUAUUGCCAGCAGGGGGGCUGCCUGUAAUGAUAGGUGGUCCCCCUGCUGGCUGAAAAUAAAAUAAAAAAAAGUUAAAUAAGUGUAAAAAAAAAAAUAAUAUAUACUUAGAUCAUAUAUUAUUGCUGCUAUACUUUUUACUGUUUUGAAACACAAAUAUUUGUGUUCAGCGAAGUCUCCGAGUACAACAGUACCCCUCAUGUACAGGUUUUAUGGUGUUUUCAAAAGUUACAGCGUCAAAUAUAAGGUUUGUGUUUCAUUUUUUUCACAUUAAAAUUCGCCAGAUUGGGUACGUUGCCUUUGAGACCCUAUGGUAGCCCAAGAAUGAAAAUUACCCCUAUGAUGGCAUACCAUUUGCAAUAGUAGACAACCCAAGGUAUUGCAAACGGGGUAUGUCCAGUCUUUUUUAGUAGCCACUUAGUCACAAACACUUGCCAAAAUUGGCGUUUUUUGCAUUUUUCACACACAAACUAAUACUAACACUAACUUUGGCCAGUGUUUGUGACCAAAUGGCUAUUAAAAAAGACUGGACAUACCCCAUUUGCAGUACCUUGGGUUGUCUACUAUUGCAAAUGAAAUGCCAUUAUGGGUGUAAAUUUCUUUCCUGGGCUACUAUAAAGUCCCAAAGGCAACGUAACCAAUCUGGCGAAUUUCAAUUUCAAAUGUAACAUGCUAUAUUUGACCCUGUAACUUCCCAAAACGCCAUAAAACCUGUACAUAGGGGGUACUGUUUGACACGUGAGACUUUGCUGAAUACAAAUAUGUGCAUUUUAUUGCAGUAAAAGCAAACAGUAUUAUGACAUUGACCGUUAAAAUGUCAUGUAGAACUAAAAUUUUUUAAAAAAAUCUUAUUUUCUCCCAUUUUUUUCAUAUUAAAUUAUGUUUCAUAGCUAAAUAUUUGAUAUUAAAUGAAAGCCCUGUUUCCCCUGAAUAAAAUGAUAUAUAAUAAGGGUGGGUGUAUUUAAUAUGAAAGAGGUGAAUUACAGUUGGACAGACAUGUAGCGCAAAUGCCAGAUUUUGUUUACAUUUUGUUUCGUUCACAACGUGUACAUUUGGCUCCGUCCUUAAGGAGUUAAGGAGAGAGCGCAGGUAACUUGAUUUUCUAUGCUUUUGUUUAUGCCUUUGAGUUGUAGUGUAUAUUUGUUUGAGUGGGUAGUUUUGUUUGCAUGGGACUGAGUUUAAGUGUGUAAGUUUAGUUAAGAGUGUGUUUCUGUCCAUCUUCAGGGUCCCUGUUUUUGCAGUUUUGAUUUAAAACUACUUCCAAAUGUCCCCUUUUAAGCUCCAUGGGGUUUUGUGUAGUACUACAGAUCACGUGUCCAUCUCCUGGGACCUGAGCAAAAAUGAAGAUCCUAAACCACGAGUGACAUGAAGUGAAAUCCACAGCGGUUGAAGAACUGAAACUUCCAUAAUGAUUUACCAUCCUUUAAGAUAGUAGUAAUGCAAUAACUGAGAGGUAGUCUUUUGGUUAAAUAAUUUUCAUAGAUCCCGUGGAUGUUGUGUAUGCAAAAGAUGUUUUGUGUUUGCAGUAUUAUGGAAUUGCUUUUCCCCCAUACGGAUAGCGGUACAACAGCAGGGAUUUUCUCCCUCCCCCUUAAGCAAUAAAUUAUCCCUCCAGAACCCCAGUUGUAUGCGUAUCCUCACAGGGAACUGGUCUGUCCUGUUUUUAUUUUAUUUCUUAUCUGCAGUAGAAUAAUUUAAAGGGGACUGCAAACUGGGGUAAACUAUAGGAUAGUUAUAAUGGUUGGGUGGAUGUGCACAAAAGCUUCUCCCAUUCAUAAACCUGCUAUAAGUAUAUUUAUUUUAUAAGGUCCUGCACAUAACGUGUUUAAGCCAUGUUUCUAUGUAUCCGUAGCAUUACAAACAUUGGCUAUAUGUGUCUCCCUCCUACCCAUUUUUAAGCCCACUCAGUCUCUGAUUUCAUUCAGAGACACUCUGCCUACUCACAUUUUGUAAAUGCGUUCUCAUUUUAUUCUGCAGCGCUCAAUGAACAGAGGCCAGAUUUAACCCCUAGAGAGGUGAUUGUUCUGUAUUGCAGCACUUGAGGUGCUGAGUGUUGCACUUUGAAGUUUUGUUUUGCCUUUUUUAUUUUUUUAUUAUCCAAUUUUGCCUUAAUGUUUGGUUUUGCCAUUCUAUCCCUUUGUGGGUUUUCAGGGUGCAUUUAUUUUUUAUCCCAACGAUUUCAAAAUAAAGAUCUGACAUGUAAUCUUGUUUUAACGCUUUCAGUACUGGUGGAAAUGAAAAUACAGUAGGGUAAAAAUCUGUAUACUGUUGUUAGACAUCGGAUAUAUUCCUUAUUCUAUAGAUCUAACUUGCUGUUCUAACUUAUUGUUAUUGUGGUGCUAGUUGUGCUAGUCCUUCUGCAGCAUUCCGUUUAGGAAUUAAUAGAGGAACAGGCUUGUAAUUUUAAAGAAUAUUGUCCCCAGCCUUUUUCUGAAGUCCAAUUUUGUGCUUAUGUUCACAAUUUAAGGAGUUAGGUGCCCAAACAUGGAUAUUUUAACCAACAACUUACUUGUGAAACCCUUUAGUCUAUUCACAAAAUACAAACUUGGUUAUUUCGGCCAUAUUUUCACUUCCACUCAGCUGCUGGUCAGAUAACUGUUAAGAUCAGUCUAUUGUCUAUAUAUUUACUAAUUUGACUACAUAGACCAAAGGAAUUGACCCACUGCUCAUUAAGCCCCUCUAAACAUAUGUCUAGUUUGGGGGUAACCCCAAGAGCCUAGUUCGAUUGGCCACUGGAAAACUCUUAUUAGGAAAUUCCUUAUUUUCGUAGUCAAGUACUUUGUGGACACUCACCACAUAUAGCAGUUGGUACCUACCUGCAAGCACUCAGUCAUCUGUGGUGGCACAUACCAUUCGAUAAAGCUAUACAGGAGUAGUGUACCAUCAUAAUAGUAGUAUAUUUCACAUCUGAAUCAAUCUGUUUAUAUUCAUACAACUACAAGAACAUGUGAGAAAACAGACUUCUGUAGUACUGGGGAAAGUCAACAAACUGUAGGUAAGUGAAAAAUGUACUAUGAAUCUAUUUUAAGGCGGUAAACAAGAUAACCUUAGUGCCCACCUAAAGUUGAUGGUAUAUUUGAAAACCAACCUCUUGUAGGUUGUUAAAAUUUCCAGCUAGCCGUUCUGGCAUGAAGACUUGAUUUUGGAGGACCGUUGAUGGGUUACUUUAGAGAUGAGUCCCAUUGGUUACUUUAGAGAAGAGUCCCAUUUUUGACUUAAUUUUGCACAAAUUUAGGAAUUGAUGAUUGUGUGGUAAUUCGCUAACUAGAUGGGGUCUCUAUUCCGUAGUGAGUGACAGCAGGAGUUUUUUUGUUUGGUUGAUUGUGAAUAAAGUGAACCUUUACUUUACUUAAUCAACUGAAAGUGACUUUUUCUAUAGUGAAUUUGACCUUUUAGUGCAUAACUCCAGAUUUGUCAAGUGACAAGUUAAUGCAAUGAUUGUGAUAGUCGUUUGUUUGCAGUUCAGACAGCCUCUUCAAGCAUAAUAGACUAUCAUGAUGAUGAACUGCAGCAUUAAAGGGACACUAUAGUCACCUGAACAACCGUAGCGUAAUGUAGUUUUUCUGGUGAGUAUAGCCUGUCUCUGCAGGCAUUUUAUUGUAAGCACUGUAUUUUCAGAGAAAAGUAAAAGGGAGACAUUAUAGCUUAGGAACAAUUCUAUUGAUCACUCCUCAGAGGGCCAUUAGAGGUGCUUCUUGGGUCACACUGACUUUCAGCUUUCCCCAUAGAGCUGCAUUGAUUCAAUAAAUAUCUGAGGAGAUGCUGAUUGGCCAGGGUGUUGUUUGGUUCCACCCCAGCCCUUCCUCUUGGCUGAGAUUAUCUCACAGUACAGUAUAUGUAACAGCGAGCAGUUACCGUAAACAAUAUGUAUUUCUGCUGUUGCCUUUUUUUUUUUCAUAGUUCUGUUGUGUUUAGAAAUAUAGUAUUGUGCAAAUCUGUUUUCUUGCUCCCUGAUUCAAUUUGAACCCUUUUUAACCCCUUAAGGACCAAACUUCUCGAAUAAAAGGGAAUCAUGACAUGUCAUGUGUCCUUAAGGGGUUAAACAAGUAUUCUCACUGUGCUUGUCUACAGAUUAGCAGCCUGAGGCAAACUCCCAGGCUUCAGUAUGUAAUGGUAUUCUGAAUAUAGGAUAUAGCUUUGGCCUAUAGGUUCUAUAUUUUACUAGAAUUGAUUACAUUGAUGUUCAUGCUUUGCAUCACUCUGAGAGGGAUCCUAGUGGCUCAUGUCUGCUAUAAGUAGUAUAUGUGACUGUAUUAUUGGAUUUCCCCAUGCGCUCUCCACAUCUCUCAGCCCAUUAAGAUAUCAAAUUCAGUAAAUGGUUUACAUUACUGACUAUCUGCCACAAAGCAGAUAUGUUUCCUCUAAUUGGAGAAGAGUAAUGCACCUUCUGUCACUGUUAUCUUUUUUAGAUUGCUUUUGAGUACUAAAUUACUGCAACUGGCCUGAAACCCCAAUGCAUUGUGAUCCCAGCUGCCAAGGGUUAAAAUGCAAACCCUGCUUUCAUUUGCCUGGCACUUUGCUGAGUCAAAACUAUUUUCUCCCCUGUUAUUUUUGGCUUAGUCAGAGCAGAACUUUCCGUGUGUGUUUGUUUAUGGUUUUGUAUCAUGAGAAGGGACACAGAAAUGUUCCCUCCACACAUGUACAUAAAGAGACUCUACCAAGCAGAAAAUUGUUUUAUUAUUACACUAAUAUUUUGCAAGUGAGUUGGAUACAGUUUGAACACACUAUGGUGGUGGACCGUUUGCAAAGCAUAGCUUGUGAGCACAAUAUCAGUAAGUAUGGUUAGUACUAGGUAGAACUUUGUUAAUAAGCUUGUCAAAUACAUUUUCAGCUGUUUCAAUAGUGCUAUAUAGAAAUCUUGAGUAUUUGUACACUCUGUAUUGACAUGGUAUGCUUCUGUUAUCUGUACUUUUCAUUUAUUUAAUAUACAUUUUAAAUAAAGGAAAAUUAUAUUCUGAACAGCAAAAAAAAAGUAAAACCAGCUGUUCCUUAGAGAAUUUGUCUAAUGCAAUGAUCUAGUUUACCCACAGGGUAUUGGGUAUUGAUUGCAAGGUUUGUUCCAAAACAGCCUAAACAUCUUCAGCACACCACAAGUUAUUUCAGUCCUCACUGUUGUGGCCUGUGUUUUGCAAAUAAGUUUAACCCCUUAAGGACCAAACUUCUGGAAUAAAAGGGAAUCAUGACAUGUCACACAUGUCAUGUGUCCUUAAGGGGUUGAAAUGCACAAAAUGAGAAUAACUGCUCUCUGUACCUACAUUUCAUGAAGCAGUACAAAUGACACUUGCUGAUUACUGUGCUGGGAAGCUGUCUUUGUUAACUUACCUUUUAAAUCUGUCAGGCUCUUUUAAAUCAUCAUUAACAAAAAUCUAGCUAAAGCUUUAGUAUUCAUUUUGGAGCACCUAUAUAUGUAAACUCAAGUAUGCAUAAUGAUUACUUCAUCACAGUUUUAAAAUCCAACCAGAAUUUUACAGAACUGCCUCAUACAAGCAAUCACAGAGAGCCAUAUAAAUGCAGAACAUAUACAAUAGUACACAAGGUAUUGAUACAUUCUAGGAAACGUGCAUUUAUAGCCAAUCUGAUUUUUAUUUAUUUUUGGUUAAUUUGAGGGCCUAUCCUUUGCUGUACAAAAAAAAAAAAACUUUUAACCUAACAUUGUGUUUUGUGUGUUUUAGGUUGGUGCAGAGUUUAAUUAUUGAAGAGUUUUUUAAAGGAAUUAAAACUGGAUUCUAUUGACAACAUGUCGAUUACCAACACGCCCACAAGCAAUGAUGCCUGCCUAAGCAUCGUCCACAGCUUGAUGUGCCAUCGGCAGGGAGGGGAGAGUGAGACUUUUGCUAAACGAGCAAUUGAAAGUCUUGUAAAGAAACUGAAAGAAAAGAAAGAUGAAUUGGAUUCAUUGAUUACAGCAAUCACUACAAAUGGCGCUCAUCCCAGCAAAUGCGUCACCAUUCAACGAACUUUAGAUGGCCGGCUUCAGGUAAAUACAUUUUUGUUAAAGCAUGUAAAAGGGUGUGUGUGUGUAUAUGUAUGUAUGUAUGUAUGUAUGUAUGUGUGUAUGUAUAUAUAUAUAUAUAUAUAUAUAUAUAUAUAUUAUGUGUGUGUGUGUGUUGUUGGAAUUGUAUUUGUGGGUUGAUAACAGUAGCAUAUCUUGUGCUAAGGUCACCACCAAUGAAAUAGCCAUUUAAAUAAAAGUAUUGGUGUUUUUAGCAGCCAGAAACAUGGUACAGUUCAGUUAUUCAUCAGUGGAAACAAGCUAUAUUUGAGGAAUAUAUUGGUUUUCUCAGAAUCAUGUGUUGAAUCUCUGGUGUUUAUUCACUUCUUUAUGUCCUUUUACUGUGGAUUUAAAGCAACCUUUCAGCGACAAAUAUAUAAUGUCAUAAUGUUCUUUCUCUGGCCAUCCAGACUAACAUUUAUAUUUAUUGAUCUCUUGUUUUGCUGAGCACAUAGAUUAAUACUGUCUUUGUGGUAGUGUCUUAUUAUGUUCUAUAAAUAAUUACCUUGGUUAACAUCUAGAUUUGUAUAUUUUUAAUUUUUUUUAACUCCCCUCUUGCAUUUUAUGUAAGCCAGAUUCAUGCUUUUAUUUAGCUUUUUGCUUUUUCACUAUGUUGCUUGCAUCUGUAAGUUGUUUUCUACGAAUUACUUGUUCCUGCGUUGGCUGCCACUGUAUGAAAUGACACAUGAGGGGUUUAGUACCAAAACCAAAGUGCUAUGUAAGGCAGCUGGCUGCUGGUUUUACAGUCUUUAUAAAGAGAGAACAUGGGGCAAAGUGAAUAUCUUUCCUUUGUGUUCAAUAACUAUGUAUUUAAAUUUUAGGUGGCUGGCAGGAAAGGCUUCCCUCAUGUAAUUUAUGCUCGUCUCUGGCGUUGGCCAGAUCUUCACAAGAAUGAACUGAAGCACGUUAAAUACUGUCAGUAUGCAUUUGAUCUCAAGUGUGACAGUGUCUGUGUGAAUCCCUAUCACUACGAAAGGGUUGUGUCUCCUGGAAUAGGUAAGUGCUCCUGACUGAUCAUUGUACAGUAUGUGACUGUGGAUCUUCAACCUUUAAAUAAAUACUAGCGUAUUUGCUUAUAGUUUGUAAAAAUUGAAAUAAAAAAAAGUGAAAUUAGGUCAUUUUUGCUUUGAGAAAAGUAAUUUACACGGAUCGUGCCCAUUUGUGAUAUAUCUACAGAAAGAAAUUAGCAUUCACUUAUACUCUUUAUCUAUGUAAACUUCACAUGGAACCUAAUGUUUUCCCCCAUUGCAUAUAUUGUAAUGUUAAACGAGGAUGGGUUUCCUCCAGUGUCUUACAUGCUGAAGGCUUUUGUUUCUAAAGGAUCCAAAUUAAGCAGAAUUAUAGAAAUCAAUUAUUUAACUCACAGGUGGUCAUUGACUCCCUCUUCAAUUGAAAUAUAAUUAACAUAAUUAACACAGUGUAACUUUAAAAUAUGAGGUGCAAUCAGACUAUCUUAGCCCAUUUUUAUUUUUGCAAUAUUUUCUACAUCACUUUCUUGCUUAAAUCUCUCUGAUCUUUUAUUUUUUUUCCUGUUUUUGAAACCAUGGCAGUGAUUCACGUUGCCUGUGAGUUUCUUCCUGUUUGUAAUUCUUUCACUGAUUUAAAAACAAAUUUUCCCAUCAUUUUGGAUAAGCUUUUUUUCAAUAUCUGCUUAUUGUUGAUACAAUGUUAUAUAGAGAGUUACCCAACCAUUGCUCAAGACAUAGAUUUCAACCCAGACCCCCUGCUCCAGUUGGCUGAUGUCACAUCCUGUUACAAGAGUAAGUAUUCGCAGACUGUAUACAUUUACUAGCAGUUUUGCUAAUGCAGUGUAUAGAAAAAAUCUUUAACAUAUUCUUUUAUAUUUAUAGAUUAAGUUAUAUUUAAAUUGUGCUUUAAUUCUCGAGUGUGGGCUGUACGUACACUGACACGCACGGCAUUCAGAUAUUGUAGACAGUGUUCUGGGUGUUGUAUCCAAAUUAACUGAGAAUCUGGACGCUUGAAAUAAAAGUAUAAUUUCAUUCAUACAUUGGCUUUUAAUCUACCUUUUAGCAUAACUGAUAUAAUUGUGGGUCAAAGUUCUAAAAUUGGAAAAGUCCUCAGGGGAAAAAAGUAGAUGUUUCUCUAAAUAUAAUUUAAAGAAUAAAAUUCUUAUGUAUAUCGUUAAAACUAUUUGCAUCUCCAUGAUGGACAUUUGGCCUUUUUGUGAUCCACUUUAUUAAAGAAACGUUGCCUAUGCCUUGUCUGUGUAGCCUUUUCCUUAAAUCAUACUAUGUUUACAUUGAGGGACAUGUUGUUCUCAGUUAAAGUCUCUCCUUGACAUGAAUUCAUGCAGAGAUGUGAAAUAUUGAUGAAUUGGUAUCCUCAUUUAAAAUUUGAACUCAGCAGUGCUUGGCAAUCUUGUUACACAUAGUUGCAAAAAGGCUGAACUGUAGACACACGUAUUGAGGAUUAUAUUUAGAGAGAAAGUUGGUGUAGUAACCAUUUCCAUGGUAACUGCCUUUUAUUACUUGCAAAAAUAUGAUUGUAAUUCUUCUUUAUAAAUCUCAUUUAACAAAAAUAAAUGCCCUUUUUAUUUUCUGUCCCACACCAGGGAAUAUCACCAGUUCUUUUAUAUGUUGGCCUUAAUUUUCUCUCUAAGCAAUUUGCAACCUUACUGUUACUGUUGUCAGCAAACUGGCUGAGGAGUUAGCUCCCUAAGGCUGGAUAAAAAUAAUUCAGAUCACUAAACCUCUGAAAUGCUCAAUCAUGUUUGGAACUUAAAGGGACAAAAUAGUCACCAGACACGCUAUAGCUUAAUAUAGUGAUUCUGGUGUCUAUAGCAUGCCCCUUCAGGAUUUUCAAUGUAAGCACUCCCUUUUUAGAGCAAAGGCAGUGUUUAUAUUGCUGCCUAGUAACCUCUAGGUGCAUUCGCUUACUCUGCCAUUAGAGAUGCUUCCUAUUUUAGUGAAGCACUGGUGUUAAUCACCACGGUUAUACGUGGAGGCGCCAAACUUUCCCUAUAGAUUUGCAUUGAUUCAAUACAUCUCUAUGAGGAGAUGGUGAUUGGGGCAAAGCAAUGCUUUGCCACACAUGUUCAUAGCCUCCCAGUGCUUUCCUAGGGGAAAGUUUUAAAUUGUCUGAGAUCGUGAUCGAUCUUAGCCGCUGAGACCAGUGCCGCAAGGAAGAAAAGUUAACUUAAACACCUUUUAACUCCACAGAGAGAGGAGAGCUCACCACAGAUCCAGCACUAUAGUGUUCUUUUAAAAAUAACACAUUAUUGUAGCUUUAUGUUCACCUGAUUGUUCAUUGUUAUAAAGCAGGGGUUCCCAACCCAGUCCUCAAGUAGCCCCUACCAGUCCAGGAUUUUGGGAUUACCCUGUUGUGUCUAAAGUAUUUUUUUUUUUUCUAAAACACCUUAGACACAGCUGGGUAAUCCUUAAAUCCUGGACUGUUGGUGGGGUACUUGAGGACUGGGUUGGGAACCCCUGCUAUAAAGUUUCAAAAUAUUCUCAUAAAGUGUGUGUAUCCUUUUCUCUGUUGGAAACAUGGCUGGUAUUGUCCACCACCCCUAAUCAAUGUAUAGUUUUAAAUGAUACGUUGCAUAUGUCACCCAUCCUGCUUCAUAGUUGGUUAUAAUUUCAUGUAUUGAAAAUGAUUUUGUGCUGCUGAAUAGGUCAGUAAAAUUAACGGUUUGUUUUUUCUCAAUAGAUCUUUCUGGGCUGACAUUGCAGAGUUCAGGUAGGUAAAAUAAUAUUUAACUGCAUGAUUGCUAGAUGCCCUUGUUGAGGUAAUUAGUGCAUAUAGGUACACUUAUUGGUGCAUUUAGCCUUGUGUGCCAAGCAGUUUUCACUUUUCCAAAAACAAACCACAGGAAUACAAUGCCUUGGACAAUAUUGUACAUGUGUCAUGUACUUCCUGCCUUCCUUUCCCUUUUGUCUGGUAUUUCCUGUAGACUCCAGAGCCCCUCAUUUGGCAUUCACUCUGAGUUUGUACACUGGAGGACAUUACAAUAAUUUGUGAUGUCACUAAUGUAUCUGAAAAGACUUUAGAUAAUAUUGCAUUAAAGCAGUAAUGUCACUAUGAAGAUUUUUGCACAACCAAAAGUUAGAUUUUAUUUCUUUACAAUCUGGUGAUUAUUGUCGUUUUUUUCUACUAUGGCAUAUAAACUACUUAAUGGGUUACCGUUACAUCAUGUAUAAUGACCACUUCUGUGAUUUGAAGUGGCCAUGGUGAUCGGAGUCUGUAUGUUUCAGCGUUUUGCUAUGAACAUACAUACACAUACAGAGUUUAACUUCUUUGCUGCUGGAGGUGUAACUCCGUGUCCAACAGCAUCAUUGCGGUGUCAUCAGCCAGCCCGGAAUUAGAGUUCUGAGCUGGCUAAUGUGAAUUAUCUGCAACUUUUAUUGAACAAAAUUAUAUUCAUUGGUUGAGAGUGCUGACCUGGCGAGCUCAGCCAAUGAAUUGCAAAUGCGUUCACUUCAUUGUUCUGAGUUCACAUGUUUUUUCCCACCUUCACUGUGUUUAAUAGCUAGUGCAACCUUUAGGUAAUAUAAAUAAAUACAUUCAUGUGUCCAUAAAAAUUGCUUACACUUGCGAUAUCACUAUUUUUAAAACCGCUAAAAGUAAAAGCUGGUAUAGAGAUUCUUUCAAAUUUACAUUUAGUGUUUAAGUAGAUAAACGGUGUUAUUGUGUGCUUACUAUAUACAUAUCGAUCUCGGUAUUCUCCAUGUGUAAUGAUUGUUAUAAUGUGCGAGUGCUUUACCGUUAUCUCCUGUAGCAUAGUAAUGAAACCAUAAACAUUAACCUAGUGUUAGUAGUGAGAUGUCUGGGGGUCCCUGCACGAUCCUGACUAAAAUUACUUUGAACUGUAUAACCAGUCUUUCUCUCUCUGUCAAAGAAGAGAUUUGAAAACAUUUAAAUGUUGAUCAAGGGAAUAAAUAUAAUACCUGUUUUUGGGCAGAAUGGAAGUAUUUUUAAUUAUAGCAUUCUCUGCCUGUUAUCUAGCUGUGAUUAUUGCAGUCCAUAAAUUCCAUCACAAUGGUAAAGGUGCCAAAGUGCUAGGCAGUAGAAAAUCAUGUAUAUGUACCCAAUCUUUUUUUCUCCAUUUCCACUUAUGUUUGCUGAUAAAAAGAAAACAAACAAAAAAACACAAACCUCUGUAACACAAAAACUAUAAAGUGUAAGUAUAACAUUUACCAAAGCAGGAGUAGGCAUCGUCCGACACCCAAGAUGUUAUUGGACUGCACCUCCUAUGUUGCUUUGCCAGCAUUAUGGGGGAUGUAGUUCAAAACAUCUGGAGUGCCAACGUUGCCUACCCCUGCACUAUAGCAUAGAGUAGUUAUGUUUUUAUUCCUGCAACGUCAUGGUAGAGUGCCUUCUUAAUGACAUAAUGAUUUCGCGCUCUAAGUUUUUUCUGUUAACCAGAUAUUCCUAAAUUUAAUUGACAACUCAUAAUUAGAUUUAAUUUAAAGUUGUGUUAAAGUAAAAGCCAUUUUGCCAUUUUUAAAAUAUAAUAUAAAGCAGGGGUGCCCAAAAGGUAGAUGUUUUAAAACGACAGCUUCCGUGAUGCUUUGGCAUUCUAAAGGCAUGCAAAGCCUCAUUGGAGUUUCACAACAUCUGGGGAUCUACCUUUAAGGCAACCCUGAUAUAAAGCUUCAUUUUAAUAGCACACAUCUUCUGCUUAAUUAUUGUAGUCUGAAGUGAUGAGAUUUCUUUAGGUCAAUACGAGAUAAUCAUUGCACCCCAAUGUUUGCAAAUUAAAUUUCUUAUUAAUUUCAGGCUGCCUAAAUAUAGCUGGGUAUCAUGGGAAAUGUAGUUCACAAACAAAUGUGGUACCAACAUUAGCCAUCGGGUUUUUUGUUUGUCCUCCAGUCUUAUUGGUUCUUAUUGACAUGUCUGUAUCUCUGAAACUGCCAUUGUAAAAGGCUACAUCAUAAUUCACAACUCUUGUAAAUUACAAAUGUGCCAUUAAUAAAAAUGUUUUUUGUAUCUUGUGGAGCGAUAUUUAUAAAAUAAAACUGAAAUCUGCAAUCACUUUGUCUGUAAUGUGAAUUCUGGAACACCACUAAGUGACUAAGGUUUGCACCAGUUUGUUUCUGAGUAGGAACUAGGGGUGUCUGUCCACUCUGGGAAACAUUUUACAGAUGCUUGCUUGUAGUUAUCAUUGUGUGUGUAUAUGUGGUUUGUGAAGUUUGUGUUGUUUCAUUCCAGCUCCGUCUUGCCUGCAAGUGAAGGAUGAAUAUGGCCAUGACUAUGUUGAAGCUCAACAGUCAAUAACAACCCCAGAUGGACAUUCAAUUCAGACCAUCCAGCAUCCCCCCAGCAAUAGAUCAUCUAGUGAUAAUUACAGCAAUUCUGCACUGCUGGGGUCCAGUGAGCCCACCACACCCAAUGCCAACAGUUUCUCCAGCAUUCCUGUCGCUUCAACAAGUAAGACUUGUAUAGAUGAGUCCAUUUAAUUAUAUUGUUUGUAAUGUUUACAUUGAAUGGAUAUGUUAAUGGACAUUUUAAAGACAUUUUACAACUGCAUGCCAAAUAUUAUAUUAAUUAAAAAAAUACUGCUCUGUGGAAUAUUGAUUUAUGAAUGUCAAUUAGAUACACCUUCUAUAGUUCUAUCUGAUCCUAAAGGAACACUUUAGGGUCAGGAACACAGAUGUCUUACCCCCUAAGUAUAGUCAAAUCUCACCUUUAUUCCAGUCUGCUGUUGCUGGCUCUGCCCCUGAUCUUCCUCCUUGGCUGACAUCAUCAGAAGUGAUGGUCUGAGCCAAUCUCAAUGCUUUCCCAUAGGAAAUCUUUGGAUUGUCUGAGACGUCACUCUGGCCAGUUAUCAUCUCCUCAUAGAGAUGCAUUAAAGUUCAGUGUCUCCAUGCUGAGUGUGGAGACACCGAAGGUCAGUGCUGCACAUUGUGCAGCACCUCCCCAGGAAGCACAUCUAGUAGCCAUCUGAGCAGUGGUCACUGGAGGUGUCCCUAGGCAGCAAUAUAAACACUGCCUGUCCUCUGAAAAAAGUAUUUACUGCAAAAAGCCUACAGUGACUAACUAUACUCACCAGAACAUCUAAAAUAAACUGUAGUUGCUCUGGUUAUAAAUAUACAGGUGUCUAACCUUGGCAGGUACACACUUUCUUGUCAACGUUUAAAACUAGACUUUUUUGUGUAUGCUAUUUAAAUUUAACAGCACCUAAUAAUUCAAAAUGUGUAUAUUUUGAUUGUAUGGGCUUUAUCAUGAAAUAAAUUUUUUACAUUCUUUGUGAUUAAUCCUUAUUUUGUAUGCCAGAAUUGAUUGCAGCUAAAAAAGCAAGUGUUCCUUAACAAAAAUUAUAUAUAUUGCAUGUUGGAUUCCUGCACAGAUUUGCAUUGCAUAGUAGCCUCAUGUUUAGCAGAAGGUUCAAAGCCGGUUUGUGUUCUUUUGCCAUAGGUCAGCCUGCUAGUUUAUUGGCAGCAGCUCACAGCGAUGGCCUUUUGCAGAUUGCGUCUGUGCCUUCCCAAGGGACCCAGCAAAAUGGCUUCAAUGCUCCUCCUGCGACAUACCAUCACAGUAAGUGGCCUGUUACCAUUGGAUGAGCAUUGGCAAAGCAUUGUUUACAUUUUCAAGCUUUUGAAGCUUAUUUUAAGUGUGGGUCUAUCUUUCUUUCUUUUACCGUCCUGUGCUAAUUAAUCUGGAUUUGUCCUUUUGGGGGUGGGGGUGGGGGGGGGGUGGAAGGAUUAUAAUAAACCUCAUAAUGACAUUUACAUUUUGCUGCAUUCGUCUAUAAGUCAAGGCUUACACUCUGUGAAGCCUGUAUGGCUGAUUUACAUCAUACAUCCGCUUGAUCUUUUUGUUUUUGUCUGUUGCAUUGUUCCAUAACAUUGUCUUGUGAACUCCCCCUGACCUCCUCCAUUUGUGAGACAUAUUGCUUACACCGCAAAAUAGUAAGACCCACAGAAAGGGCCGGUUUAGUAACCAUGUUAUCUAUGAUAUUAUAGACAGUACCACAACCUGGAGUGGAAGUAGGACAGGACCUUACACACCUAAUAUGUCUCACCACCAGAACGGACAUCUUCAGCAUCAUCCACCCAUGCCCCAUCCUGGACAUUACUGUAAGUUUAUUUUUCAAUAUUAGCACACUUACCAGAACCAUUCACUUAUUUGAUUUUCUGAGUUGUUUUAAUUUUUCCAAACCCUUGUUUGUUCAAAUUUUUAUUUUUUGUGGUUAUUUAGGGAAAUUCAUGCUUUUUUGGGAGGCUUUAUAAAUUUUUACUUGCAGUUAGUUGUGUAUAGUUAAACAGACAAACAGAAGCUGCCCUGGAGAUGUUCUUCCGAUCCUUAGUUCAAACCCAAGAGGUACAGUGCUGCUCCUUGCCAAAAAGACUUUAGUGAAACUAGACCCUCAAAAAAAAAAAAAAAAAAGUUGAUUAAAUAUUUUACCCUACAGAGUAAUUUACACUAUUUGGUGCACUGCGUUGAAUUAUUUACAUUUUCAAACAUUUUUUUUUUCUCUGCACUCCCUUGACGACACCUCUACCUUCAUGUGGUUGACAGACCCACUCGUGCCGCUACUUUGGCUAGCAAACUCUUAUGCCAUUUCCAGUUAAUAUUUUCCUCUGGCUCUCUCAAUCCCGUUUCUUACCCAGGGGAAAAAUAGAUCAUGUCACGAUCUCUUAGCUAUUGCGCAGAAGCAGUUGUUGCUCCUCUUUUACAUACCCAUCACUUUUUCCUAGAAAUACUGUUUGAUGGAGCCUAUUUAUAACCUGCUCAUUGGUUGUCAUAUCCUGCAUGCUUUCCUUAAUAGACCCCUCCACACUUCAGCAUGAGGAAGAGUACCAUGAUCCUGCACACACAACUAUGUAAUAUUAUAUGAUAUGAUAUGUCUAUUAUUGCCUUGGUGGAUACUCAUUUACCAUAGAGGGAAAUUAGAUAUUAAAUGGCUGGUGGUCAGGCUGGCUGUAGUUAGAGGGCCUAGCAGAGAAUUUCUUUAUGUUCAGUUGGGUAAGUGUGGUCCCGGACCUUAACUACAGUAAACGGAGUGUGGAUAUAUAUUGAAGUGGGCAGGGCUGAAGAAGUAAUGUUAAAUACUUGGUUAUUCCAUGACUAUGCUAUUAACUUUUCUGCCUGAACAACCAUGUGCAUGUCAAACAGCUGUGUUUUUAUAUUAUAAAACAACUUGUAAUACACUUUUUUUUUUCCUUUCUUAUAGGGCCAGUGCAUAAUGAACUUGCAUUCCAGCCUCCCAUUUCAAAUCAUCCUGGUAAGCAUUUCAUAUCAUCUUGGAAAACAUUUAUUGUAUUAAAUGCAAAAUAGUUCAGUAUUCAGUGCUAGAUAGGGAGAGAGAUAGAAAUCCCACUAUUUAUAAAUGUCUACUACCAACUUGUACCUGCUUUCAACUGAUGUAUAACACAAAUGAAUAAUGAUCUCACUUUUAUGAAGUUGUAUAGUCUUUAGAAUUUUGUGAUAGUCUACAAUAAAUUCUUUUUGUUAGGAAAAUAAAUGAAAACAUUUGACCUGCUUUCCUUUAUAGCUCCUGAGUAUUGGUGUUCCAUUGCUUACUUUGAAAUGGACGUUCAAGUGGGAGAGACCUUUAAAGUUCCUUCAAGUUGCCCUAUUGUCACGGUUGAUGGCUAUGUGGAUCCAUCUGGAGGUGAUCGGUUUUGCUUAGGUCAACUUUCCAACGUUCAUAGAACAGAAGCCAUUGAGCGUGCAAGGUAUUUUUUGUUUUGUUUGUUUGAAUAGUUAGAAAAUGCCCCAAAUAAUAGUUCUAUUAAAAUAAAAUAAGAGUUUUUAAGCUUCUCUCUUUUUAUAUAUUCUAUAUCAGACCUUCCCAAUGCACUGCUCAAAGUAAACAAAUGGUACAGGAUUUAGGUAUUUUGCAAAUCUGUUGCUAUUUGAAUAUUAAGAAAACAUUGGCCAUUGGGGACCACUGACUGGUAUAAUGACAGAACUUUGAAAGUCCGUUUUCUAUUAAAUAAGCCAUUUUGAAGGAGUUUAAUUUUAUUUGAAAUUUUUUUUUGGGACCACCAAAAUUAAAUUUUAUUGCAUUUUAUAUGCAGAGUUUCAGUUUAAAGCAUUUUGUUCUUAAACCAAUAUCUUCCUUUUUUUUUAAAAUCUUUAUUAGAAAUGUUUUGUGUUACUUCCGUACAUCAAAACAUAUAUAUGGUAUAUAACAGUGUGCGGCCUCUAAUAUUUAUGUUCUUAGCACAUAAUAUACAUAUUAUAUAUUGAUAUCUAUUAUCACAGUUUGUGGAACAAGUAAAAUUUUACUUUCGCAUUAACAUGAAGAUAGGCCGUCACAUAUAAUAACCAACCUCCACACACAUAACAACAUAUACAAAAAAUACAAAAACGAAUAAAACAGACUGCUUAUCUCUACAAAAUGCGAAAGAGAGGGAUUGCAUUUUUCUAAAUUUCUCUUAACUAGAACAUUCAAACUAACUACUUUUAAUCAUGUCUGUGGAAAUGAACUAUGCAGGAAAAAAUUAUCUGCUAUAAAAAUAUAUUAUAUACUUUUUUUUAACCUAUCAUUGAAUCACGUCCUUAUCUUAUUCCAAUCUUUACUUUAACGCCACUAAAUGUUCUACUGAGAUGAGUGAGGGUAGGUUUUAAUUAUUAAUUCCCAACAUGUGUUCCAAAGAGGUGUUUUCCUUCUAAAAUUCUGUGAAUUUAACAAUUGUUCCACCUUGAUCUGAAAUUUAAGUUGAUUUAUAACCUGUGACCAAGGAAUACUAUUUUCAUUUUUCCAAUUUUUAGAUAUAACAAUUUUAGUUGCUAAAAACAAGUGGGGUAUAAUUAGUUUAUUCACAGAGAUCAUAGGAGGCCAGUUUAAAUGCAGUAAAGCUACUUCUGGAGAAAUGUUUAGUUAAAAAUUUAAGUUCAGUAAAAUAAAUUGGUAUAUUUCUUCCCAUAAUCUUUUUAUUUUUGUGCAGUUCCACCAAAUAUGUAGAUAUGUAUCCACAAAUAGAUAACAUCUCCAGCAUAAAUAAUUUUCUGUAGGAAACAUCUUGUGCAUCUUUCCUGGAACUAGAUGCCAUUUAUUGAUUACCUUAAAGUGAGAUUCUAUUAAAUUUAAAGAGUGAGUAAUUUCAGAAACGCUUGUCAAAGCAGACCCCCAUUUUCUAAUUUCUGUGUUAAUAUUUAGUUAUUUGUUUCUAAAUGUUUAAAGUGGUGGAUUUAUUUUCUUUCAUCAGCGAUCUGCUCCAAACUAAAGCUUUUGAGAACGUUUUUUUCUAGAGCUUUUGAAUUGAAUAAUAUUUUUAUUACAUUCAACAAAUCCAAUUUUAUUAAAUGUGAUGUAAAAAACUCUUUUUAGUAUUAAAAGUUAAAUAGUUCUCUAGAUGGUGAAUUGAAUUCACUUCUCAGUUGGGGGAAAGAUCUAAGUACUCCCUUUUUUUUAAUAACGGAGAUCUCCUAUUUAUCCCUGUUUGUAUCCACUUAUUUAGAUUUAGGUCGCUGACGUGUUGUUCAAGAUGGAUUGGAAUUUUGUUUUUAAUCUUUAAAGUUGUUUUAUUUUUUUCCCCAAUUCAACAAAUUUGUUACAAUUGUGUAGGGAUAAUUUAUUUUCCCUAUCAGCUUUGUACUCCAAACCAGAUCUUCUAAACGUACAACUUUCCCUGCUUUGGCCUCCAUCUUGUACCAUCCUUCAUUGCUGUUAUUACUUAAUUGCAUUCUAUAGACAUGCAGCAGUAUAGAUGCUAUAUAGUUAUUCCUAAUAAUAGGGUAACUCAAUCUUGGUUUAUUUCCUGUCCUAAUGAAUUGCAUAAACAAAUAUCUUAAGAGUAACUAUUUAAUCGUAAUCAGGUCUGAAUAAAUGGGUAGGAAAUUUUUUCCUCUUACAUCCCUGACACUGUACUUGUGGCAUAGCUGACAAAAUCUCAUCACAUGAGUACUGAUGCUUGUUAGACUCUCGAUUUGUUGCACCGGUGGCAAUAAGAUCCUGACACAGUCUGAUAAGUACAUGUUUCUCCAUCUGUAAUCUGGGAACUACCAUCAGAUGCUGAAACACACCCAAUUAUUUUGCAGCUCUCGAAGUGCUUCAGAUAUAUUUGUUUUGUAUCACUCUUUUGCGAAUAAUCGUGUAAAAUGUUGUAAUCAUCUUAUUUUUUUAGAGCUCUGCCGCAAUGGUAAGUUAAUACCGUGUUACCCCCUCACUGUUUUCUGGGUUCAUAGGUUGAAUAUUGGUUAUGGUGUUAUUGGUUUUUUUUUUUUUAAUCACCACCACAAUCACGUAUUUUAUUUUCUUACUUUGGUUUUUCCCAGUGUCACCACUGGUCCUUUUUCCUUUUGCCAGAAUUAAACUAAAAUAUUAUCGUCUAGUUUCCACUAGAGUUUGGAGAAAUUCUACCAAUCUGUCCAUAUCCUAUCCCACUCCAAAUGAGAUCAGAAAUAAUUUGUCAUGAAGCUGGAUUAAAGAUGAAUGUCAGCUGUUUUAGAACAAAAGGUCAUGUUUUCUAGCCGCAUAGUUUGAGGAGGGAACAUGAACAAGUAUUCAAAGGUGUGAUGAAUACUUAGAAUCACCUUCAUGAAAUCCAAAAGCAAAUGUGUCAAACUGCAUCGAGAUAGAUGUUGAUGGACUCAUACGGACACUUUCUGUAAAGUUAGAACAAGAUGAUAUUUUUUUUUAAUAGCUUUUUGGGUGAACUAGUGGAGGGUCAAUUAGUAUCAUAGCUAGCUAAUAUGUCUUUGUUACAAACUUGUCAUUCAUCAGGACUAUUUCCAUGCAUAUUAAAGUUUCAAAUGUCCCUGCCUUAAGGAAACUAUAUUCCUUGCAUAAUAUGCAUGCUGUAAAAUUCAAUUUUUUUGCAGGAAAAAAUAAAACCUGUAGAAAAAUAUUGAUGAUACAGAGUUCCUUAAGUACACUCUUCCACUCAAAUUGGCUUUAAAGGGCUCAGGAUAAUGCUUCCUCAUUGGCCCAAGCCUUACAGAGAGUAUGGGCUGCUGUGUUGUUUAGCAUUAAAACGUCUAAAAAUUGUUUAAAAGGACACUAUAGUCACCCAGACCACUUCAGCUCAUUGAAGUGGUUUGGGGGCAAGGUCCAAGCCCCCCUUAGUCCUGCAGUGUAAAUCAUUGUAGUUCCAGAUAAACUGCAGUAAUUUUAUUGCAGGAGUAAGACUGCCUCCAUCAGACAGUCACUAGAGGUGCUCCCUGUUUGCUUGUUGACUUUUGGUCGUUUAAAUGACGCUGGGCGUCCUCCGGCUCUUGGUGAGGACAUUUAGCGUCUGUUUGUUUUCCUAUGGAAAGGGCCUAAUGCGCUCAUGAUUUAGCUCCCUCCCGGCAGAGGAGCUGGAGCACCGAUCCAGCUCCAAGUGAGAACGGCACUGUAAUCGGGUAAAUACAGUAAGGGUUUAUAAACCCUUUCUGAGCUAUGGGGCCCAGAGGUGUAUUGUGUAAGGAAUCCAGAUGUGUAAUGGAAGGCAGGGUCAGUCGGCUUGGACACUACUUCAAUAAGAUGAAACGGUCUAUGGUGUCCCUUUAAGAUGGUAAGCGAGACGUGUUUCACAUAUGCCUCUCUAAGAUGCCCCAUUCAGUUUUCAAUUGGAGUGGAGCUGAGGUUUGUGUAACAUAGGUCAGCACUAGGCAGAUAACAUGAGUGAAUCUGGUAAGUAUGGACUGUGGUAAGGGAGUCCCAGGUUUCAAAUAAUACCUGGAUAUCUAAAGUAGUAGCAGGAGAAUAGCCCCUGCUAAUGCAAAAGUCCCUAUUGACGGCCAGUGAGAUUUUCUUCCUCUUUCUGCUGGCUGCACUGAGCUAACAGAAGUGCCCUAUACGACAUGUUCCUGUGAGCGCUCAGAGAGUUCAAAUGUACCUCUCUUCCCCCGGCUCUUCAGCUUGCUCUAGGGCUCCACUGUCAUUUCUGGCCUACCCUUUUGCUUCAUGUGAUUCAGAAUCCGAGGCCUAUGGUUUGCCAUUUCCAUGGAAUAAAGGUCUGUUUUGGGGGGGAAAGUGGAAGAUACUACAUUGCGGAGACUGCAGGGACAAACUAUAUUUACUGGAAAAGGCAGUGUUUACAUUACUCCCUAGAGGAAUCUCUAAUGGAUGUCACUCAGACAGCCACUUGAGACCCUUUCUUUUGUGCUCCUGUAGUCUUCAGGACCAAUGUACGUCGUCUUCACACUCAAGAUGAAGACAUCAAACACUCCCCAUAAAUAUUUAUUAACCCCUUAACCGAUAUAUCUGUGUGGAGCUGAUCAGCAUUAAGAUUGCCGUGCAUGUGAACUAGCCCCACAAACUUCUAUACAUGCAGACAAAUGUUCACUUCGCUAAAGUUGGCAAAGAUACCAUAUUUAUGGCAUUAACUAGGCACACAAAAUUAUGGGCAAUAACAGCAACUUUAUAAAAAAGGAUACAUCCACUCUUUUAUAUAGAUGUAUCUGUAUAUAGAUGUGUAUAUAUAUAUAUUUGACCUUUAUUGUUGGACAAAAGUAAUAUAAUAUACAUUGGAUAAACAGCAAAUUAUUUCUAUAUUAUUUAGCAUUUUAUUCACACCCUUGUGUGAAAUAAAAAAUAAAUUUACUGCUGGUGAUUACUUGCCCAUUUGUGCACAUUGAUGACUGGUAUUCUAAAUAAUAUAUGAUUGCACACUGAAUGCACUUGUUGUCAUGGUAGGAAGUAGUGCUUACUUCUACUUUUGUGAGUUGUGUGUGCUUAGAGCAAUUAAAUGUGUUUUUUAUUUUAAUGUAUUUUAAAAUUCUUAUUGCAUUGCAGGUUACACAUAGGAAAAGGUGUGCAGCUGGAGUGUAAGGGUGAAGGAGAUGUCUGGGUUCGAUGCCUCAGUGACCAUGCUGUGUUUGUUCAGAGUUACUACUUGGAUAGGGAAGCAGGCCGUGCUCCUGGGGAUGCUGUGCACAAGAUCUAUCCAAGUGCUUAUAUAAAGGUAAUGAAGUGUAUAUUUUGCGCAAACAAGCUUUUACAGACAUGUUAUUAAAUGGAUAUGAGAAUACAUAUCCUACUAACAUGCUUGCUUUAUUGUCAAAUGUUUUUCUUACAUGUAUACCAUAGUCCCCCAAAACAAUUCUUUUUAUUUUGGCCCAAAUAGAGGGAUCUUUGAUAUUUCUGGCCCCCCUUUUUAGUACAUAUGUAUAUAUAAAAAAAAAAAAAAAUGAAUUAAUUAACCCUUUUCUCACCUGUAUUCCAAUGCAAACAUAGCCUCUUCCCUGCAUCCCAAUCUGCCUCCGCUUGAUGACCAUUUUGUCCAGUCAAAUGCUUUAUAGAGCAGCAAUUGCCACAGUCUGCCAAUUCAGAAACUUCUCGGUAAAACGCAGCCACACUCACAUUGGUGCUGUCAGCAUUCUACUGAGAAUGUUAAACCUCCAUGUGCAACUAGUUAUUUAACGUCAAGAACAGAGUUUGACUUUUUUUGGAGGCAAAAGCACCAUCUAGUGGCUAUUGGAGUGACAGCCAUGGGAAGUGUAUUUAGCCUUACAGUGUAAACAUUGGCAUUUCUUCCAAAUUCCAAUGUUUUAGAUUGCAUGAGCAAAACGGCAGGGACACUGCACCGAGACCAGCUUAUCAAACACACACACACACGUUAUUUUUUUAUAUCUACAUAUGUGUAUUAUUUUUAUUUAUAUAUAUAUAUAUACACACACACACACACACUCAGCAGGACAGAAAGAUUUUUAAAAAAAGCACAUUAAUCUAGUGUGCAGACUUGUAUUGAAGGACAUUUCCAGGCAGUAUGUAGACUGAAAUUCUCUUUUGUCUCUUUUUUGCUCUAGGUGUUUGAUUUACGUCAGUGCCAUCGACAGAUGCAGCAGCAGGCAGCAACAGCACAGGCAGCAGCCGCCGCACAAGCAGCUGCAGUAGCCGGGAAUAUACCAGGGCCAGGAUCUGUUGGCGGAAUUGCCCCAGCCAUUAGUGAGUAGUGAAUUUAUCGUCCACUAACAUAAGUAUCUGUACAGGGUAAAUUAAUUUGUUCUGAAAGAAACAUUUGUCAUUUAUUUGUUUUUUUAAGUUUAUGACAAUGGUGUUCUAUCAUUUUAUCACUUCAAGAAAUUAAAGAUUUGAUUUUGCCUUUUAUUAUUAUAAUUAUUAUUAAAAGGCCACUCUGCCCUCAACAAUGCCAUCAUAAGGUCGCAAGCUGUCCUUUUACCUAUAACCGUUGCCUCAGAGGGAUGCAUGUCUUUUUAAAGCUCAAGAUCGACCUGGUUAACAUGCAUUAUAUGUUGCCAAGUUUCUGUAAUAUUAAUAUACAAAAAGUGGCUUUGUUUGCCUUAUCCUUGUUCUUAAAAGUAUUACCUAACCUGCCUACUUAACACAUUGUCUGUUUAGGUCUUUCAGCCGCUGCAGGAAUUGGCGUAGAUGAUCUCCGCAGGCUGUGCAUCUUGCGUAUGAGUUUUGUUAAGGGAUGGGGCCCUGAUUACCCAAGACAGAGUAUUAAGGAGACUCCCUGUUGGAUUGAAAUUCACUUGCAUCGUGCUCUCCAGCUUCUGGAUGAAGUCCUUCACACUAUGCCAAUUGCAGACCCACAGCCUUUGGACUGAUCUCCCCUCCUUACUGGACACAAUCACUAAUGUAAAUAAUACAUUUUCAGAAAGGAAGACUGCAAUCAUGUUUGUAAUCAGAACAAUACCCACAUAUCUUCUACUUUAAAUUUGGGUGGAAUUAAAAUGUGUCCUUGCUUUAUAGUAAAGUGUUUUAUGAUUUUUGAUUUUUUUUUUUUUAAAUAAACUGUUUUCUUUUAUCCCUGACAAAAUGUAACUUAACUUAAAAUUCAUAAUUAUUAGGAGUAAAAUGGUCUUAAUUUAGAGGUGCUCCUCUAUUUCAUUACUUACUGACCCAAGAAAGUUACAUUUUUAAAUUGGCCCAUGGUUAUUGCCUUAACUCACUUAAAUGUAAUCCUCCCUAAAUAAUUGUGUGGGAGAGUAGCCAAGAUGGAGGUCUAAGGUUUGAAGCUUCCUCUAGCACCCAAAUGUCUUAUACAUAACAUUUAAAUGGAUGUAUAUAGCUCUUACAUGCUACAGUCUGUAUAUAAGGAGCGUUACAAAGGGAUUUUUUAAGAUACCUGUUUGAUUGGGCAAUGAUACAAUGCACUGCAAGAAUUUGGGGACCAUCCUGGAAAUUGAAUAAUUUGUGUUGCUGACUAAGCAUUUCUUGUGGUAUAAUGCAGAUUACUCUGCUACAGGAUCUUAUUUGAAAGUUAUUAUAAAAAAACAAAACACUAAUGUUGGCAAGGAUAUUAUUUUUGCACUUUGUGUUAAGGUGCACCUGUGGUGCAAAGGUGACAUGGUGACAUUGGGGUAUAAUGCAUUCCAUUUAUUACCCGUUUGGCUAGUACAAUUGGUAGAGUUAACGUAAACAUUACCACAUUUCAGCCAGCUGCAGAAAACAGAUCAAAAUGUAAGGUAAGGUAAGUGUAGCAUUAAAAGGGGAAUUAUCAGGACAUAACUUUUAAAAUGUUGUAACAUUUUUAAAACAAAAUAAAUAAAAACAAAUAUAUAUAUAUAUAUAUAUAUAUAAUGCUACAUUGCAAUGUAGUUGUAAUGACCAUAGCCAUUUAGUAUACAAGUUAUUAUCAAUCUUAGAUUAAUUAUUGUCACUCAAAUCUGCGCUUCUUGUACCAUUGGCUACCUUGCAGAUGUCUGUUAGUCGGUAUAACAGUUUGCAAAACUUGUGCAGCCUGAUAUGCACUGCUUGGUGGCAGUUUGGCAACUCUGGAAUCCUUUAAUUUCCCCAAGUAACGUAAUCAAUUGAGGUUGGAUAAAGGAAUAUAAACACUAAUAGGUUUCAAACUAAAUGUUCCUGACCAUUGCGACAUUGUAAAUCUAGCACACAUUGGCUGCAACAUAUCAAAUGUUUGUUGUUUUUGUGUGUUUCUAUUCUUUUUUUCUUCCAUGAAAUUCUCACUGUAAUCUAUAAACUUACUUGCAGUUUUGCAAGAACUGUUUAGAUGAAAUAUAUUCUUUAAAGCAGAUUUUGUAAAAAUACAAAAACCAUAGUUAAGCGGGAGGGGAAAGCAGACUGGGUACUAAAAUGUUUUAGAAAUGGGUUGUUAGUACAUGAAAUGGUGAGAUAUACAAAGCUAGUCUUACUUAAAUCAUAGCUGCAUGAUAAAAAUGCCAUUAAUAUGUCUAACUUGUAGUAGAGUGAGCAGAAAUUAUAUCAAAUUAGAGUAUGGGAAGAGGUAAGUUUUAAUAGCAUGACUAUGAAAUUGGAAGGAAGGCAGUAUUAGGAAAUAUUUUGUUUCAUUUUUUACACAAACGUUUAAUUCAUUUGGUUUUCUCUCGAUAAAUAAACCUACCAAUAAUGUUGGGUCACGAUUGCUUGGGAAGCAACACAAAGUAGGAAAUUCAGUUUAAAACUGGGCAUUUUGGCUGGAUAAUAGACUAGACUAACCAAGUUAGUAUUCUGUGUCUUUCAUCCGAUUAACAUUUUCUCUUUAUGUACUGCAUGUAUACCACUGUAAUACUUUAUAUGUCCUCUAUGAGUCUGUGUGUGUGUGACAAAGGACCCUUUGGAUAUGCUGUCAUUUUAAUAUAUACAUACAUUUAUGCUAUUAAAAUCUGCAGCAAACUUAUUUAACCAGAAGUUUGCUUCCUGGACUAUUUAUUUGUGUGUGCGCUUACCAGUGUUCCCCUGCGUUCCGUGUACAUCACUAUGGGCAGUGAGCAUUGUGGACUAAACGAGCACAUGGGUGCAUAUGGCAAAGGUAAUAAGAUACUGUAUAUUCUGUAAACCUAAAAUAACUGUACAGUAACAAAUGAUCUGGCUAACACAAUGGCAAGGUUAUUCACACUCUGUCUUUGAGGUCUUUGCAGAAUACAACUUUCACUAGUUUGUGUUUUGGGUUGAAAAUAGUUGUAGAUUAAUAGCUGGAGGUCUAGUACUUAAAUAGACCUGGUUCAUAGCCCCAGCAUUUAAUAUGGUACACUUUACACAGCUAACGUAUAAUUGAACUUUAUUGAUAUGAGUGUAAAUCAUUAGCUGAUGACUAAAACACACCUAUUCCUUGAUUUGUUUGUUUCAUAUAUUAAGUGCCAUCGUUUGCUUACCAUACUUUAUUUUACUACUUUGUUUUGCAGACAUGCCAGAUGUAACAGACAAAAGUAAAAUUAUGAAAUAUUUUUUAUUUGUUCUUACUUUUAAAUACCAAAUUGUACAUUUUGAGCAAGUUGCCCCAUUACAUUUUUAGAGAGAUAGGGAAAAGAAAACUAUUGUAAUAUCAUGCAUUGUAUAUAUCAAAUGUUUUUAAGUUGCCAAUCUGUCUUAACUUGUAUUCUGGGAUGAAUAACAUCGUCUUUACACAUGUUCCCUUUGUCUAAAAGAAACCUAACUAGUACAUAUGUAAUAUCAUAUACACAAUACCAUGGAUGGUCAUGUCAUUUGGGAAUGGCCUUGUAUAGAAAGUAGUGGCAAUGAUAUAUCUAUUCAAAAGAGGAUAUGUAAGCUUUUUAUUUAGAUGUUAGUACAAAUAAAAUGCUGAAGGAACCUUGCACACAUCUGAUCGCAUUACGCUGUUUUCCUUUUUAUAUACUGCAUCAAUUGUAGCGUCAUUAUUUGUUGACAUGCAAAGUAGAAAGUGACUUGUGUUCUAACAAAUUACUAAUUCUCAAUAAAGUCAUUUGUUUAUUAUAA